CCGCGCGGAGCCUGCUGGGCUGAGGGCGGCUGUGGCGGCCCGCAGGAAGCUCCGAGCACAUUUCCGACUUGGGCGCAGGGCUCCCGGCCCCGGGGGGACGCGGCAGGGCUCUGGGUGCCGCCACGGGGACCUCACGGUGACGGGGACGCGCUGGGGAUGCUGCAGCGCUGAGCGCCGCGAUGUGACCUACAUUCACCGCAAGGAGGUCCCCAGCCCCGGCGGGCACCCGCCCCUCGCUGCCACCCUGCCAUGAAGCGGCACAAGUGACAAGGGACAGCGUGGCACUCCGUGCCCUGCCCUGCCCUGCCGUGCCGUGCCGGCCAUGGCCAGCUCAGCGCCGUGGCUGCGCUGGACGCAGACGGACCUGGGCACCGGCUGCGAGGAGCUGAAGCGCUGGGAGGAAGAGGAGGAGGAGGAGGAGGAGGAGGAGGAAGACUUUGAGAGACACAUGGAUGAGAACGGUGUCAUCGGCCUGGAGGAGGAUGGGCUGGUGGCUGUCAGCAGCCGGCCGGGGAGCUCCCGUUUCGGGGAGGCACCCGCCGGCAGCAUGGACCUCAGCGACCUGCAGGACUCGGGCUCGGAGGAGUGGGGCCGGGAGGAUGCCGGGAGCCCCCCAUCGGGUGACGGCGAGGACCUGGACGAGGGGUCCCCAGUGGAGCCGGCUCGCUGGCACCCACGGCAGGACCUGACUGAGGAGGAGGAGGAGGAAGGGGAGGAGGAGGAGGAGCAGCGGGGCAGCUCCAUGGAGGAUGAGCGGCUGGAGGGGCCCUGGGGGGCAGAGAGCGAUGGGGAGCUGCACCCCAAGGCAGGGCCCCUCCAGAAAGCCCCGUGUGUCACCACGGAUGGCGGUGACACCUCAGGGGCUUCGGACACCAGCCCCGGCCCCGCCACCCCUCCAAGACGGCGCCGGGGCUGGGGCAGGGCCGGGGACACCCACGGGAGCCGCGGGCAGGGCUGGGGCCCCAGCCAGAGCCGCUCAGCGCCCCAAAACACCGCUGGCAGCAGGGCUGAGCCCAGCCCCAAGCCCGGCCCUUUGGGGAGCCCCCAAACCCCACGGCAGCACCAGAGGCCCCGGGUGCCCGAGCCCGGCCGGCUGUCGCGGUCCCUGAGCCCCCGGCGGCACGCCGGUGCCAAAAAGCCGAAGGAGGCCACCGAAGGGUGCCGGUACGGCCGGGGGCAGCUCAACCACCCCCUGCCCGACCUCUCCAAGGUGGAGGCGCGGGUGAAGUUCGACCAGAGCUACCGCCCGCCGCCCAGCAGAGCCCUGCCCGCCCGCACCAGGACCCCCGGCGGCCCCCUCAUCCCCAAGUCCCCGGCCGAAAUCGUCCGGGAGGUGCUGCUGAGCAGCGGGGAGGGGGCCCCGCCGCAGCCCCCCGUGCCCCCCGGCGUGCCGCAGGAGCUCAGGUCCCCCCGGCAGGCCACGGCGCUGGUGCAGCAGCUGCAGGACGACUACCACAAGCUGCUGACCAAGUACGCCGAGGCCGAAAACACCAUCGACCAGCUGCGGCUGGGCGCCAAGGUGAGCCUGUACGCCGACCCGCCGCGCGCCAGCCGCAGCGCCCACGCCGGCACCCUGGGCAGCGGCUGCAGGGUGAUGGCCUUCAGCAUCCCGCGGGCCAGCACGGCCACCGUCAGCACGGCCCCGAACCCGAAUCCGGCCCCGAACCCGAAGCCGGCCCCGACCCCGCCGCUCUCGGUGGAUGGAGAUCUGGGACCGGCCGAAUGGGGGGCGUCGCAGCGGCCCCGCUCGCCCCUCUCCUCCUCGGGGGGCUGCCCCACGUGCGCGGGGCAGUGCCGGUGCCCGGGGCCCCAGCUCACGCGGACGCUGGCGGGGCAGACCCGCAAGCUUCAGGCACAGGUGGAGUCCUUCGAGGGCUGGGUGAGGGCAGGGAGCGCGGCGCCGCAGGAGCAGCUCCAGCGGUUCAGGCGGCUGAAGGAGACGCAGGACGCGCUGGAGCGGGCGUACCUGCGGGCACGGGAGGAGCACGGGCGGCAGCGGCAGCGCCCCGCAGCCUCGGGGGACUUCGACCCGGAGCGCGCGGUGGAAGGGGAAAUAUUCUGCCUGGGGAUGCGCCUGGAGGAGCUGAAGGAGCGGCUGGAGUGGGCAGCACGCCCCCCGGGCUCCCCGUGCCCCCAGCUGAGCCCAGCGGUGACCGAGGCUCCCCCCGGCACCCAGGGGACAUCGGGGGAUGGCGAGGUGGUGGCAGGGGGGCUGUCCCGGCCCCUCUGGCACAAGCAGCUCCGAGCGGAGGAUGACUUUGGGGACCUGCUGGAGCACUACCAGCACUUCAAGUCCUUGCCGGCAUCGCUGAGCCUGGAGCACCUGAGCCUGGCGGGCAGCGGCUCCCUGGAGGAGGCGGAUGGCCCUGUGGCAGGGGACGUUGGCCCCAGGCAGGUCCCCUGCAGGGCACGGUCACUGGAGGAGGGGACCGACCUCGAGACCUCCCCCUCCGCCCCCCCGCAGAGGAGAGCAGCGCCGCUGCCCCACGGGGACCCCCUGCGGCCGGAGGGGACGCGUGGCCACCACCAGGAGCCCCCAGCUGCCCCCCGGCCGCCACCACCGGUGCUCCCCGAGCCUCUGCCACCACGGGCGCCCCUGUCCCGGCACAGCAGCGGGGCGGGCACCGCUGCCACCCAGCGCCGUCCCCUCAAGCCCUGCCGCCAGGAGCAGCGCAUGGUGUCGCCGGAGACGGACAGCGGUUUCGUGGGCUCGGAGGCCAGCCGCGUGUCCCCGCUGGUGCGCACCCCCGAGCAUCGUCCCCUGGGCACCGGGACGCCAGGCUCACUGGGACCACCAGCCCCGAUCCCUGCACCCCUCCGUCCUCCGCAGAAGAAGGAUGCACAGCCGCUGCCCCGCGAGAAGGCGCCGAUGGGCACCUACCCGUCCCCCAGGCACCUUUCCCCCCGGGGCGGCGUUGGGGGGCCCAGCCUGCCCCCCAGCACCGCCUCGCACAGCAGCUCCCCCCCGCGCUGGGCCGAGAGCCUGGGCAGCGAGCUGGGACCCGACGGUGACGGCGGCGAGCAGCCAGCACCCGGCGCUGCCCCGCGCCCCCCGCCGCCGCCUUCACCGCCUCCUGCCUGCUCCCCAGCUCGCAGCGACUCGGAGGGGGGGGGCAGGAGCUGCGCCAGCGCCUGCGGCCCCCUGCUCGGGGGGGGCACCGCCUCGCCGUCCCCUGCCCCGGCUCCCUGCGACCUGCUGGGCUCCCGCGUGGAGCGCGACCGGGCCAUCCGGGCGCUGCGGGACGAGGUGUGGCGGCUGCGGCGGAGGCUGGAGGAGAGCCUGCGUCGGUCCCGCAGCUACCCCGAGGGCAAGGCCGCCCCGCGGAGCGCCCAGGCCAGGAGGCAGCCGGCAGCGAGCGGACCCUCGUCCCCCCGGGACGCAGCGCCCACGGGGGAGCUGAGCCCCCCGGCACGGGGCAGGGUGGCCCCCGCCGCUGUGACAAGGGGCAGGUCGGCAUCGCUGCCGCGGGACGGGACCGAGCUGGACCUCAGCUCCGAGUCGGGCCGCUCGCUGGCUGGGCACGGGGACGGGCGGCACCGGGGCACCCCAGCUACACAGAAGCGCUCUCGGAGUCCCCCGGGCAUGGGGACGGUGCGGGGGCAGUACACAGGGACGCGGUACCAGGUGCCACCGCCCGCCACCCCGGCACCCCGAGGAGAGCCGAGCACCCCGGGGUGCCCCCAGUGCUGCGGGAGCAGGACGGCAUCGGCCGGUUCCCCGGCGGGCGACGCCGUGCGGCAGCCCCGGCAGAGCACCCCCAGGACACGGCGCUGCCCCACGUGCCGGGCACCCCGGGCUGUCCCCACGCCUGGCAGCAGGGACGGAGCCGCGCACGCAGAGCUUGGCACCGACGCCGCGUCCUCGCCGGGCUCCCGUCCCCAUCCCCGAGCCGAGCCGCCGGAGCAGCCGGGACUGUGGUACCUGGCGGGCGGCCCCCCCGUCGGCUACCUCGCCCCCGUCCCCCUCGUGCCUUACGCGCCCCCCCUGCUCUACUGCUCCCCGGCCGUACCUACCUCAGCCCCGGCCCCCCCGCAGCGCCCCCCCCUCGGCCUGCCCCUCGCCGACCUGGAGGAGCUGCAGCGGUCGCUGGGCCGCGCCGUGGAGGCCGCGCAGCGCGCCAGGCUCACCACCAAGAGGAUGGGCCGCUCGCUGGCCUCCGAGCUGAGCAGGGCGCGGGGCCUGCGGGGGUCCUGCCUCUUCUGAGGGCCCCCCCGGCCCGUCUCUGGGGCAGGAGGACGAGGAGGAUGAGGAGGAGGAAGGCUGUCCUCCCAUCAGCAUCCCCGCAGUGGAUGCUCGCCACGAGAUCUGGAGCCGGAGGCACCUCCAUGGGGCUCUGGAGCUGCCCCAGCCCCGUCCUGCUCGCUUUAUUCCUCCCCUCCUGCACCGCAGGGCCCUCUGUCUGUCUGUCCACCCGUCCGUCUGUCCGUGCUGCAGGAAGGGGUGAGGCCACGCACACACCGCGCCGAGGGCACAGCCCCCCCAGGGGGACGUGUCCGUGGGGCUGCCCCGAGCUGGGCACCCCGUGGCGACGCUUGGACUUUGUGUAGGCCCUACCAUAACACGGGGCCAGGCCCCAUUUGCGGCUGCGUUUACCCCGGUGCCAUGCCCGUGCAGAAUUAGCCAUUUUUUUUUGCAGCCACGUCUCGCUGUUUUGACCAUUCCAGCUGUUUUUAGGGUUUUUUAUGGUACGUUGCAGCUCACCAGCUGCCCCCAGACCUCGCCCCAGCAGCGCCCGCACUUAACCCCCACCCUGCUGUGUCGCGAGCCUCUCUUUUGGGUCCAAACCUGGGGUUUUUAGGUACUGUCCCUGCAUUCCAGCCCCUUUGGGCACCCUCCUGGGGCUCAGCCCCCGCAGCUCAGCUCUCCUGCCCUGUGCUUUCUGCUCUGCCUCCAGUCCUGCCCGGCAAAGCGCCACGCUCCCGCUUUGUGUGGCUUUCCCCAGGCUCCGGUAGGGCUGUUGGCUGUACAAUAGGUCUGUGUGUAUAGGUAUCUAUUUAUAGGUACGUAUAUGCGGUUCCUUUUUAAUUUCCAGCAGGAUCCCGAGGGCAUUCGAGGGCUUUUCCCGUAAUUUAUUGCUGCAGCUCUGAAGCGGCCCCUGAGCAGGUGUCUGGCGGUGGGGAUGGGGGUACCGGGGGGUCUCUGGGGUCUGGCACUGCACGUGGCUGCCUGUGCCCGUGUCCAGGCAGAAAAAGAAGGUAUUUAGUGUUUUCCUUGGGAUUUCCAGGGAAAGUGGGCUGGUAGAAGGAAAUGAGUCCGGUGAGACCCAGACGUGGGCAGGAUGCGGCCCCGAGGCGGUCCCAGGUGGUUUUAUAAUAAGAUAACAUCUGAUUUUUAGCAAAAUGGUUGGGAUCAGACACCUUGUGCAGCAGCACGAGCUCCCCAACGAGGUCCUGUCCCCAGGUUGGGGACAGCCAAAACCCCCUCCAGCCCCCACCCUCCCUGCUCAGAGCCCCCCACCUAUGUUUGUGUAGGACCUACCUGAACUGCCCGCCUCAAGCUUAUUUAUUGUUGAACUUUCUCAUACAAAGACCCGUUUCAGGGGGGAUCGCUCAUGCCCAAGGCGACUUUACUCAGGUUGGGAGCCUCCCCGAGGGCUUGCAAAGCCACCAAACCCCUGUCCCGUUCCUGGGGCCACCCCAUGGGGCCAGGGUCAGGCUCUGCAGGCAUUGCCACGGUGCCCAAGCAGAGCCUUCAGGUCGGGGGGAUGCCCCCAGCCUGGCUUCAAAGAGUCUGAAAUGCAGCGGCAAGGAGCAAAGAUGUCGUUUUUUCCCCACAUUUCCUAUUUUGUGAUACCCAACAGAGCCAUCCAGAUGGUAUUUUGUAAUAAGAUAAUUGCCUAUUUUUUAACGAAAUAAACACGGUUGUUUUGC